AUGAAGGCAUUUGAUCCUCCUACAUCAUCCCUUUUCAUUAGAGGUCAAAGGAAAGUCAUCAAUAGCAAAGCAGUUCAUGCCUUACUUAGCUUUCCUAAUGAUAGGGAAAUGGUUGAUAUGAAUGGGGAUAAGAAUAAGUUAAAUUCCUUAAACAAAGACUUUAAAAGAGACAUAAAAGAAAUAUACAGAGAUGUUGUGAAUUUUACCCAUGAAAUUAAACAAAGACUCCUCAAGCUUCAAGGUAAAAGAAGAGGAGAGGAAGUUGUUCAAAACCAUGAUGGUAAAGAGGAAGAGGAGGAAGAUUUAGGACAUGAAGAUAAAGAAGAGGAAGGAGAAUCGGUAAGAGAUGAAAAGGAAGAUGAAGGGGGAUUCGGGGAAGAUGAAAAGGAAGACAAGAAAGGACAAGUGGAAGGAGAUAAAAAUAAAGAGGAAGGGGGAUUCAAAGAUGAUGAAAAGGAAGAAGAGUAA